AUGGCAAAUCCGGUUGACAAUCGUAAUGUGGGUGAUAGUUCUGGGAUUUUGAUACCUGCUGCUGAUAAAAGACGUCGACAGUCGAUGAUGUUGCUGUCUGAAAGCGCGAAAAGUCGAAGAUCUAUGGCCAGUCGGUCAAAAUCUGUCGCUGUUGGCGGUUCACCCCCCUUGGGCAAAAGCACGGAUUCACGGACGUUUAUAGAUGUUGGAUCUCCUAGUUUUAAGUUACCGAAUGUUGAGAAGGAAGCUGAGAUUAUUCAUUCGUUGAAGCAGAACUACUUGAGAGACAACUUCACGAAGUCGAACUCUUUUUCGCAGCUGAGCAAGAAAUCGCAUUCAUCGGUUACUGGAGAGAGCGAUAUUCCCAGUGAGACGGAAGUCAGCAUUCCAGAGCAUGACACAAACCUAAACACUGAAGGUGGUGAUAUGAUACGGGACUUUUAUAAGCUUACGUCGCCCCUAGAGCAAAGUGUUAAAAAGGGGAAGAAUAAGUCGGCUGAUGAUUUGAGUUUUGCAGAUGCACAUAGACGCAAAGGAUCUACUGCGAGCGCGUUGAAUGUUCCUGGAGGGUUCAGAAGAGAGUAUAUUGUUCAGAAAAUUCGGAAUGAGAUGCCUAAGAUGAAUGGUAAUAACGACCUGUCUUCGCAUAAUACAACCCCGUCUUACGGAUCGGUCAUUUCUUCUAACAACAAUGAAAGUCAGUCUAUUUCGGGUGAGAAGGUGCCCUUUUUAACGAGAAACUUCUUGGAGUUUUUGUACGUGUAUGGACAUUUUGCGGGUGAAACUUUCAACGAUGACUUUGCUGUUGGUGAGGAUGACGACGCAUUCGAUGAUGAUGUUGACAGGCCUUUGCUGAAUAGGGCUGGGAUGGAAGAUUAUGGGUUUCCGAAGUCACCUGCUGCUAGACCAUCCCAAGUGAAGACUACUACUUUCAAAGCAUUUUUACUAAUGCUGAAAUCUUUCAUAGGUACUGGUGUACUAUUCUUACCUAGUGCCUUUGCUAAUGGUGGAUUGACCUUUUCAAUCAUAAUGCUAUCAUUUUUCGGAGUAUACUCGUAUUGGUGUUACUAUAUUCUAAUUAAAUCAAAAGUUGCUACUGGCGUAUCGUCAUUUGGUGACAUUGGUACGAAACUAUACGGUCCGUGGAUGAGAUAUACAAUUCUCGCAUCAUUGAUAUUGACACAGUUGGGAUUCUCUGCUGCUUAUGUUGUCUUCACUUCUAAGAACUUACUUGCAUUUUUCGACAACGUGUUCCGCCUACCCAACUUGCGAAUCGAACAUUUUUUGGUACUUCAAACCAUAAUAUUCAUUCCUUUAGCCUUCAUCAGAAAUGUGUCUAAACUUUCUUUAACCUCAUUGCUGGCCAAUUUCUUCACAAUGGCAGGAUUAAUGAUCAUUGUGUUUUUCAUCUUCAAGCAUUUGGUGUUCGAUCUGAACCUACAUCCAGCUGAAGGAAUUGUGUAUGGUUUCAACCCUUCUAAAUGGUCACUAUUUAUUGGUACCGCUAUAUUCGCUUUCGAAGGCAUUGGCCUUAUUAUCCCAGUACAGGAUUCAAUGAGAAAGCCAGAAAAAUUCCCAAUGGUGUUGGGCCUGGUAAUCAUUACCGCUACUGUUCUAUUUAUUUCGAUUGCAACAUUGGGGUAUUUGGCUUACGGGAAAUACAUUGAAACCGUCAUUUUAUUGAACUUACCCCAAGAUAAUAUUUUCGUCAAUCUGGUUCAGUUCUUUUAUUCACUUGCCAUUUUGCUAUCAACUCCACUUCAACUCUUUCCAGCCAUUGGUAUCAUUGAAAGUAAAUUGAUACCUAAAUUUAAAAAGACUGUCUCGCCAACCAAUAGUAACGAAGUUCAAUACUACCCUAAUUCUGGGAAACUCAACUGGAAAGUGAAGUGGUCAAAAAAUUUCUUGAGAUCUAUUAUUGUCAUCUUUGUCAUUGGUCUUGCAUAUUUUGGUAGCGCAAAAUUAGACGUUUUCGUCUCAUUCAUUGGCUGUUUUGCAUGCAUACCUCUCGUGUACAUGUAUCCUCCAAUGCUUCAUUUGAAAAGCUGUAGUCAACCAAAUUUUGAAACGAACAAAACGCUUCAAAACAAACUGAUGAUCUUGCUAGACUAUGUUCUUAUCAUAUUUGGAGGCAUUAGUAUGCUAUACACCUCCUAUCAGUGUAUCAUGGGGUAA